UGACUUGUUGCACUUGUUGCCGCCUGGAUACUUUUGUGGAAAUAUAAUGAGACAUUGUUAUGGCUGCUAAACAAAUAGAUUUAAAUACCACUUACUUGGUAAUAGGAGGUGGUAUUGCUGGCGUAACAUGUGUAGAGACUUUAGCUAUACUGCAUCCCGAGGAAACCUUGGUGUUGAUAACAGCAUCUUCACUGGUCAAAAAUGUGAGCAACGUCAGUUUUUUCGCGAAGACUGUGGUUAAGUUUGAUGUGAACGAAACUGAAGCAAGUUCGCUGCAAAGAAUACACCCGAACUUGAACAUAGUUUAUGAUUCAUUACAAAGUGUAGACACGAAAAAUAAAUCAGUGACAACAUCAAAAGGAGUGGUUAUUAAAUAUGAUGUAUUAUGUAUAUGUACAGGAGGCAUACCGAAGCUCAUCUCAGACUCAAGUAAAUCUAAAAGAGUGAUCGGAAUCAGAGACACUGAGUCUGUUCAAGAGUUCCAAGAGAAACUGAAAACGGGUCGAAAAAUGAUUAUUGUUGGUAAUGGAGGCAUUGCAUCAGAAAUUGUCCAUGCAACUAGAGGAAUUCAAAAAGUUUGGGUGAUAAGAGAUGACUACAUAUCUUCCACAUUCAUAGAUCCUGGUGCUGCUGAAUUUUUCCAAAACACUUUCCGGAGCAAACCCGCUAAAGCUGAUCCACCUAAACAUAUUAUAUCAAGGAGGCAUGUGUUCUCUGAGGAAGACACUGUUGUUGCUUUGAAUAAAGACUUGAAAUCGGCUGCUCUUGGACCAGAUUGGUUUAGGAAACUUGAGGGUAUAAGAAAUGAAGCUGGGGAGCAAGAAUUAGAAAUAAUUUAUAAAACUGAAAUUGAAUCAGUUAAUGAAAUUCAGGAUAAAGGAUACCCGUUACAAGUUAAGCUGACUAAUGGCAGAACAUUAUUUUGUGACUUUGUUAUUUCAGCAACAGGAGUGGAGCCUGCUGUUAACUUUUCAUGGGACCAGGAGCCUGAGAAGGGGUCUGACGGUGGAUUAGCUGUAAAUGAGUUCCAAGAAACAUCGGUUAGAGAUAUAUUUGCAGCUGGAGAUGUAGCUCAUGCUGCAUGGAGACAUGCCCCACACUGGUUUCAGCUCAGACUCUGGACCCAAGCAAGACAGAUGGCAGCAAUGGCUGCUAAGUCAAUGCAUGCCCGCACUACAAACCAAGAAGUAUUACAAGAUUUUUGUUUUGAAUUGUUCACACAUUGUACAUCUCUUUUUGGGUACAGAGUGGUAUUACUUGGAAAAUAUAAUGGACAAGGAUUGGGGACUGACUAUGAACUCCUGUUAAGAACUACUCCUUGCCUUGAAUAUGUAAAAUUUGUGCUUCAAAAUGGUAGACUUCAAGGAGCAAUUUUAAUAGGGGAAACAGAUUUAGAAGAAAUGUGUGAAAAUCUUAUACUUGACCAAAUAGAUUUGACUCCAUUUGGAGAUGAUAUUUUAAAUCCUGAUAUAGAUAUUGAUGACUAUUUUGAUUAAAAAUAUAGAAAAAAUAUUUAUGUUAUUAUUUGA